AUGUGGGUGGUUAACACGUUCCCCCACCCUCCACCCGCCAUGGUUAUACGUCUACCCCUUCGGGACAAAAGACAUGGGUAUAUCGUUGUUACCUGUGGGUGUGUACGGUGGGGAUGGCGCGGUGGCUCGCGGGGCUCCGGCGCGCGCGCCGCGCUCAUGCCUCAGCGCCGCCGGCGCAUGCCCCCCACGGCACCGCCGCCGCUCUGCGCACACGCAACAGAUCGUACUUUAGGAUAA